AUGAGGGAGACUCCCCAAACAACUCCCUCUAACGUUACCCUCGGCGGCAGCCAGGAGAAAGGGCCAUGGCAACAUGUGCCCCUCCACUGCCGGCCUGAACAUGGCAGUGCGACGCUGUCAGCGAGCGCAUUAGAAGAGAUCCUCUCCGAACCUCCGACGAAGACCCAGGUGAUGGAGUUGACGAUGGAGUACGGGUCGGUUGCCGAGAUUUCCGGGGCCCUGUUCAACGGAACCCCGAAUCUCUGCCGCCUGACCAUACGGGAGAACUGCCUGGCGUGUGUGAAGAGAGGCUGGUUCUUGGGACUUUCAAACCUACAGCACCUUAAGUUAAUCAACGACGGGAUCUCUCAGAUCAUGGAUGACGCUUUUGAACACUUGCCCAAACUACAGGAGCUGAGUUUGGUGAGAAACAAAAUCUCGCGUGUCCAGGCGUCUUGGUUCCGCGGACUUACAUCGCUGAAAGAACUCGACUUAGAUAAGAACCCACUUGUCAAUAUCAGUGACAUAAACGCAGGCGUCCCUCCUUUUAUAAACCUACCACUGCUCAAUGUUCUUCACUUGGGAUAUAGCAGUUUGUCCGUUUUAUAUCCCGAAAGUUUGAUGAAUCUGACUUCGUUAAGGGAGCUUUGGUUGAUCGACAGUGAGAUUUCGGACAUACACGAGGGUGCGUUCACCAGUAUGAUCACGUUAAAGACGCUUAUUAUGAGCGAGAAUGCCAUCACGACGAUUCGCAAAGGUUACUUUUUGGGGCUUUCCUCAAUUCGAUCUCUUGAUUUGUGUGCAAACGAAAUUGCACACAUCGAGGAAGAUGGGUUUCUGGGGCUUCGUGACGCAAUCAGCAUAGACCUGUCCUACAACAAGCUGACGUUCAUCCAAGCUGAGUGGUUCCGUAGAUUAGAUAAAUUAAGGACACUGUAUCUAAGCGGAAACAACAUUUACGCCUUGGAAGCCCCCAAGUGGUUCGUGGUUCUGGACAAAAACCCACUGCGAUGUUCCUGCGCAUUCGUCUUGUUCCAAAGAAGAAAUCUUCGGGAAAGGUUCAGAGAAUACGACCAGCUGACGUGCCAUGUACCCGGCGCAUCUCCAACACGAGGCCGUCGCUAA